AUGGCUCAUCCAGGUGUCCGGAGUCUGCUGGCCAAAUUCGAAAACAACAGCAGCCAAAACAAUGUCUCGUCUCCACCCUCCCGCGGUAGAUCUCCCACUUCCGAGAACUCUGGUUCUGCAAGGCCACUUUCCAAGGUUCGCGCGAGCUUUGUGGCUGUUGACAAAGCUGCUCAGUCGCGGACCUCGAGUGACCUUCCCGCUUCUCCUGCUCGCGUCAGGAGCUUCAAUUCGGAAGAUCUGGAUACCACCGGUAGCCAGAAGAGCGCGGAAUCGACUUCUCCUACGACAGCCAGUGGCCUAGGUAUCGCCACUCCGGCGGAGUCAUCGAAACAGGAAUCAGGAAACUCAUCGCCGCAGAACGCCAGUUUUCCAGCAUCCAAGGCUGACAAUGCGCCGACACCAGAUGAGAAGCCCAGCCCCGCGAGGCAGGAGGCGCAGCCUGCAUCGAAUGGCUCAGCUGCGCCUACUCCCAACGAGUCGUCUCGGAAACCAACCACUACUUCCAAGACUGCCACCAAGCAACCAUUGAACUCCCGUCAGUCCACUGCCGCCAGAUCGUCCCCCGCAAGGUCACCAACCAAAGCGCGCACGGAGACGUCGCCGGCCAAACCUGCUACUCGUGCAACCAAACCCGCUACCUCCAAUGAGCCGACUAAGAGCGUCGCCUCCAAGUCAAGCCGCACAUCUCUAAACACCGCCACCAAGGCACCUUCGCGACCUAGUCGUCCUUCAACAACCCCCGCGCGUGAUGCAACCAAGACAACCGCCGCCUCUCGCGCUUCGACCAUCACUACCACCAACACCACCAAGCCUGCAACCAAGUCGCCAACCAGGCCCGCUCGCCUCCCUGCCGCUGCUACCGCGCCGACCCAAUCAGCUAAAUCGAAGGGUACAGCAACUACUAUAUCGGCUGCGUCGCGCAAACCACCCACCUUGAAGAACGGAACUAGCGCGCGUUCAUCCACGCCAACUGCUUCUAGCGUUCGCAAGCAAACCCCUCGUGGGUCGCCGCAGAGCCAGUCGUCUAGCGAGCGGCCAGGCUCGCGAGCGAGCAGUGCCAGUUCCAGGCCGGUUGACGAAGGAUUCCUGGCUCGCAUGAUGCGCCCAACCGCUAGCUCUGCCAGCAAGACGCAUGAAAAGGUGGACGUCAAGAGCCCUCCUAAAGCAUCCAAACCGAUCCAAGGCACAAAGAGAGCCGUACCUAAGACCAAUGUCCACUCGAAGAUCCAGGGAGCCAAGCCCGCAGCUAAAGCUGCAACUAAGCCUAAGGACGAGAACAGUGAGACUAUUUCGACAGAAGGGAUUACCAAGAAGCCAGCAGAGUCUAUUCCUGAGGAGUCUGCUCAGCCAGUUGAGAAAUCUGCUGCUCCUGAGAAGCUUGCUGAGGAGCCCAAGGAGUCAAAGGAGCCCGCCACAGAGGUGGCUGAGGCAUCCCCUGCCCAGGAGCCUUCUGUCCAGGAGCCUGUGACCGAGUCCAACGAUGCCCCGACCGAAGCGCAGCCUUCCGACGAGGCACCCAUCGAGACCUCUAUUGAAGCCAAGCCCGAGGAACCCACUGAGCAGCCUGUCGACACCCCCUCUAUCCCCGAGGAGGUCACUACUGAGCAAACCGUCCCCGAGGCCUUCCUCAAAGCUAAGGAGCCUGUCGCUGAGUCUCUUGUUGAAUCUCCAAUGGAGAAGUCGGCUGAGAACACUGAGGUUGCUACCCCGGCAGCCGAGGUCGACGUUGAGAACAAAUAA